AUGAGACUUUGCCACUUUGGACUUCUCGCCCUCACGGCCACAGGCAGCCUUGCCAUGGGCGAUGGCGCUACAAAACGACGAAAUCACGGAUUGGUGGGCUACGGCAUCAAUGCGUAUAAACCCAGAUGUGCUUUUGCCUGCCGCGAUGCCAUAGCAGGAGCGACGCUCAAGUGCUCCACGGUGAUGGAGAUGGAGGGCAUGGAUCCCAUGGUCAUUACGGAGCCAGCAUGCUACGCGACGGACGAUGCGUUUCUUCAGACGCUGGCUUGGUGUAUUUCCUCUCGGUGCAAGCAAGUCCAAGCGUGGGCGUUGGAGAAGUUUUGGGUGGAGAAUGUGGCGGGCACGUUGGCGGUUCAGCCUGAUCCCAAGGAGACGUAUCAAGAGGCGUUGGAGAAAGUCGAGGGGGUUCCGUCUGUCGAGUAUGCUGGGACGGGUUCGUUGAAUGUGACGAGUGUGGUGGCAGAGGAGCCUUGGUUCGCAGCGUUCAUCACUGACACCGUGUUUGGAGACCAGGAAACCAUGCAGGAGCGAUAUGGACUUGUCAUAUUCUUAUCUGGUGUGGUUAUCCCGAUUGCAUUCUCCCUUUUGCGAUUUGUCCCUUUUCCAGAAACACUGCGAGCAAAGUUCCACGCCUGGAUCAUUGACGCGCCGCUCUUUGGCACAAAGCAUGACUCCCCCGUCUUCUUUGGACUGUUCCAAAUGCCCACACGUGGACAAGGACUAUUCAUUUUCUACUUCAUCGCCAUCAACACUGUCUUGUCUGCUGUAAACUACCAAUCCGCCAGCCCUAAUACCUGGUUUCCCGACAACCCAUGGCGCUGGAUGGUCAUGUUGGUGUCAAAUCGUCUGGGACUUUUGAGCUUUGCGAACAUGCCGCUUGUCUUCUUGUACGCAGGGCGCAACAAUGUUCUUCUCUGGAUGACGGACUGGUCACAUUCUACAUUCCUUAUUCUCCACCGUUGGAUCGCGGGGAUCGCAACAUUACAGGCCAUAUUGCACAGUAUUAUCUACCUGGUCGCCUUCGUCAAAGCGGGAACACAUGCCACCGAGUCCGAGAAGCCCUACUGGUACUGGGGCAUCAUCGCAACUCUAGGCAUGACAAUCCUGUUCCCUACUUCCAUGCUCCCCAUUCGCAAAAAGGUCUACGAGCUGUUCCUGGCAUGGCACGUCAUCAUUUCCAUCCUGGUAGUCGUAGGAUGUUACUGGCACAUCGUCUUUGAAUUCCAACACCAAUGGGGCUACGAGACCUGGAUCAUCAUCUGCAUGGCCAUCUGGGGCUUUGACCGCACCGCACGGCUGCUCCGACUCCUCCUCAACGGCGUCAAGACUGCGAACAUCACCGUCAUCGAUGACGAAUACAUCAGUGUUAUGGUACCAAACGUAUCCGCCUCCGGACACGCAUACCUCUACUUCCCAACCCUCACAUGGCGGCUCUGGGAAAACCACCCCUUCUCCGUUGCCUCAAGUAUUCUCCCCAUUCCCCUCCCCUCCCCACCACACUCCACACACCCAUCCCGACUCAGCAGCAGCGCCGACAUUGAAAAACAGCCCACUGCUCUCUUCUCCUCACCCGUGUCUCCUUCACCUGACAACCCCCUCCACACUGCCACAGGCAUCACAUUCUACGUGCGCACCCACACAGGAAUCACCGCCCUCCUUCGCACCCGCACCACACUGCCCCUCCUCCUCGAAACUGGAUACACAUCUCACGCCCCCUCCGCCCUGCACACGUCCCCCACCCUCAUCGCGCUCGCAGGCGGCGUGGGCAUCACAGCCGUGCUGCCGCACCUGCGCACGCACCCGGGUCGCGUCAAGUUGUACUGGGGCUGCAGGACACGGGGUCUUGUUGACGCAGUGAGGAGCACGGGGGCACUGGAUGGUGUGGAUGUGGAGGUUGUUAUUGGGAAGAGGGUGGGUGUGCAGGAGGUGUUGGAUAGGGAGAUUGGAGGUCGGGGGGAGGUGUGUGUGUUGGUUUCGGGGCCCGGGGGGAUGGUGGAUGAGGUUAGAGGGGUGGUGGGGAGUGUGAUUAAGAAGAGGGGAGUUAGGGUGAGGCUUGCUGUUGAGUCGUUUGGGUGGUGA